CUAAGCACAUGGACUGCAAACUGGAAGACCUUGCCGCUAAGACAGAGCCCCACGUCCUGCAGGAACCAGAUGGCCUCGUCUGGGACCUGGACGAGGAGGGCAUCUCAGAAAGCUUUGGGCUCCUGCAGAUUGAUGUGGAGUGUGACCUGCAGAAGGGAGAGGCCCUGCCCACAGACAGUGCACCCUGGUGUUCGAAAAAUGUCCAGAGAAAACAGAGACACUGGGAAAAGGUACUGGCAGCAAAGAAGAGCAAAAGGAAGCAAGAAAAGGAAAGGAGAAAAGCCGGUCGUAGAGAAAAUCCAGGCAUCUGCCCCCAGCACAGCAAACGUUUUCUGAGAGCUUUAGCCAAGGAGAGACUUUUGGAAGCUAAACUUUCAGGACCAAGACUCUGUAUUGAUUUGAGUAUGACCCACCACAUGUCACAGAAGGAACUAAGCAGACUUGCUGGCCAGAUCCGAAGGGUGUACGGUUCAAAUAAGAAAGCUGAUAAACCAUUUUGGAUCUGCCUCACAGGAUUCACAACAGACAGUCCCCUGUAUGAAGAGUGUCUGAGGAUGAAUGAUGGCUUUUCUAGUUACCUGCUGGACAGAACAGAAGAAGACUGCUUUAGUGUAUUUCCGCUGGACACCCUGGUAUACCUGACUUCUGACUCCGAACACGCUCUUGAAGAUGUUGAUCCAAAUAAAGUUUACAUCCUUGGUGGACUUGUGGAUGAAAGCAUUCAGAAGAAAGUGACAUUUCAAAAAGCCCAAGAACACUCGGUCAAAACUGCUCGCUUGCCAAUCCAGGAAUACAUGGUCAGAUGCCAGAAUGAGAAAAACUAUCAUUCAGAAAUACUGGCAAUCAAUCAAGUAUUUGACAUCCUGUCCACAUACUUUGAGACUCAAAACUGGCCUGAAGCAUUGAAGAAAGGCGUUUCUCCCCGUAAAGGCUAUGUUCUUCAAAACGCAACGGAAUGAUAGGCAGCAAAGAUCACAGCUGUAGAUGGAAAGGUGCCAGAGGAGCCUUGACCAAAGAGCCCAGCAGAGAGUGACAAUGGCUCGUACCUGCCUUUACAUGGUAUUCUGGCUCUCCACUAGGCUGUAAAUUACAAAUAACAGGGAUCACAUUUAUGUUCUUUUGUAUCUUCCAUAGUGCCUAGCUCACAGGAAGUGCCCAGAUAUAUGAUGACAAAGUAAAAAGUUUACAGAACAAGGAAUGAUUCUCUAUGUGUUAAUCUUUUGUACACCUAUUUAUGAAUAAUCUACUACUCCUUAUAAAAAGAUGAUUUAAAUGAUAUAAGAAAUAAAAUUUUCACUAACUAUC